ACACUAGGGGGCGGAACGCCUGAUCUACAUUAGUGAUUAAUGUGGACGUACACCCCAAAAGAAGCAGUGGGUGAAGAAAGAAAGAAAGGAAAGCUGAAAUCGAAUCGGUUUGUCUUUGUGUAAUCUACUUAAAGGUCACGUUUUAACCAAGGCUCCCCUUGCUGGAUGUGGAGGUCCAUAACACUGUUGGCCCAAAACUGUGUAAACAUUGGCCUCCAACCCCUCAGACUUGUUGUUAGGUUUCAGUUUCUCCUACCUCGGUUCAGAGGCAUUCCCUGCUAUUUCAGUGGUGGAUUAUCCAAAGGACCGAACAGAGUCCUCCUCUCCCGCGGGCCCCUUCCCUGGUGUCGGCAUUUCACCACACAGCAACCACACAUGUCGGAGCAGAAGUUCAUCGUGGAGUACGCCAAGCGGGGCACGGCGGGUUGCAAAAAAUGCAAGGACAAGAUCCCGAAGGGCGUGGUGCGCAUCGGCAAGGUGGUGCCCAACCCCUUCAGCGAGUCCGCCGGCGACAUGAAGGAGUGGCACCACGUCAAGUGCAUCUUCGAGAAGCUGGAGAAGGCCCGGGCCACCACCAAGAAGAUAGAGGACAUCACCGACCUGGAGGGCUGGGAGGAGCUGGAGGACGAGGACAAGGAGAUCAUCAACAAGCACGUUGCGGACCUCAUGUCCAAAGUGAAAGCCAGUCCGAAGAAGAAGGUGCAGGGGAAGCUCAACACGAGUGGUAAUCUCAUGGCGCCUCCAUCUGACCCCACAGUGAAUGCACCCCGCAAGUUCACCGCAUUCACUGCUACAAAGGCAGGCAGCUCCAGCAGCCCGGGCCCUUCCUCGUCCCCCUCCCCGUCCCCCUCCCCGUCUCCGUCCAAGCCCUGCCAGGCCAGCACCCUGUCGGCUCAGCUCGCCGACCCCAGCCACAAGGACUGCCUGCUGCGCGAGUUCCGCAAGCUGUGCGCCACCGUGUCUGAGAGGAACAGCUACAACGACAAGACGACGGUCAUCGAGAAGUUCCUGAGGAAAGGCUCUGUCGGAGAUAAGUUCCACGGGGAUCUCUACCUGACAGUGAAGCUGCUGCUCCCAGGGGUUGUGAAGAGCGUGUACAACCUCAACGACAAGCAGAUCGUCAAGCUCUUCAGCCGCAUCUUCAGAUGCAACCAGGAGGAUAUGGUGCGGGACCUGGAGCAGGGGGACGUGUCCGAGACGGUUCGGAUGUUUUUCGACGACAGCAAGUCCUUCCCCCCGGCGGCCAAGAGUCUGCUGACUAUCCAGGAUGUAGACGCGUCUCUGACCCGCCUGGCCAUGCUCACCAAGGAAGACGAGCAGCAGCAGGAGCUGGAAGUCAUAGCCAAAAAGUGCACCAGCAACGACCUGAAAUGUAUCAUCCGACUGAUCAAACACGAUUUGAAGAUGAGCGCCGGAGCGAAGCACAUCUUGGACGCGGUGGACCCCAACGCCUACGAUGCCUUCAAAGCCUCCCGUAACCUGGGCGACGUGGUUGAGCGUGUGCUGAGGAACCUGCAGGACGCUUCCAACGGCUCGGGGCCCAGGAAGCUGCUGACGGUGGAGGCGUCCCUCAUGACCCCCGUCCAGCCCAUGCUGGCUGAGGCAUGCAAGUCCAUCGAGAUGGCCAUGAAGAAAUGCCCCAACGGAAUGUACUCGGAGAUCAAGUACGACGGUGAGCGCGUGCAGGUUCACAAGAACGGGGACAACUUCAGCUACUUCAGCCGCAGCCUCAAGCCCGUGCUGCCGCACAAGGUGGCCCACUUCAAAGAGUUCAUCCCCCAGGCCUUCCCCGGCGGCCACAGCAUGAUCCUGGACGCCGAGGUCCUCCUCAUUGACACCAACACCAGCAAACCCCUUCCCUUCGGUACGCUGGGCGUGCACAAGAAACAGGCCUUCUCAGACGCAAACGUGUGUCUGUAUGUGUUCGACUGCAUCUACUUCAAUGGCGUGAGCCUCAUGGAGAGGCCCUUGAGCGAGCGCAGGAAGUUCCUCCACGACAACAUGGUGGAGGUUCGCAACAGGAUCCUGUUCUCGGAAAUGAAGCACGUCACUAGAGGGCGUGAUCUGGCUGAGAUGAUCACCCGAGUCAUCAGAGAGGGUCUCGAGGGGCUGGUGCUCAAAGACGUCAAGGGAAACUACGAGCCAGGGAAGCGCCACUGGCUGAAGGUGAAGAAGGACUACCUGAACGAAGGGGCCAUGGCCGACACGGCCGACCUGGUGGUGCUGGGGGGCUUCUACGGCAAGGGCUCCAACGGGGGCAUCAUGUCCAGCUUCCUGAUGGGCUGCUACGACCCGGACUCCAAGAAGUGGUGCACGGUCACCAAGUGCUCCGGAGGCUACGAUGACGCCAUGCUGGCCCGGCUCCAGAAAGAGCUGGACGUCAUCAAAAUCAGCAAGGAGCCAAGCAAAAUCCCUGCUUGGAUGAAAAUCGUCAAGAACUAUUAUCCCGAUUUCAUGAUCCGCGAUCCCCAGAAAGCCCCAGUGUGGGAGAUCACAGGCGCAGAGUUCUCCAAGUCGGAGAUGCACACGGCCGACGGCAUCUCCAUCCGCUUCCCCCGCAUGACCCGUGUCCGUGACGACAAGGACUGGAAGACGGCCACCAACCUGCCCCAGCUCAAGGAGCUGUUCAGAAUAUCUAAAGAGAACACUGACUUCGAGGUGACCGCCGGCCCGUCCCAGCCCAACGACGACAAGGGCUCGUCUGGGAGCGGGGGCAACUCCCCUUCCUCCUCCCCGUCCUCUUCCAAAACCACCCCGAGACCGGCUCCUCCACCCAGGAAGACCAGUAACAAUGGCACGGCCAAAGCCAAGGCGGUGAAGUCUGAGCCGCGCACGCCGGUUCCAAAGGGACCCAGUCCAAAAAAGGUGAAAAUGGAAAUUAAGGUGGAAAGCCCUAACGGUAACAGCAACGGACAAGCCAAGCCAAAGGCAACGUCUUCCGUGUUGGAACCGCAGAAGGACAAGACCUUGCUGGACAUCUUCACCGGGGUGAAGCUCUUCCUGCCCCCCGCGACGGACGACCACGACAAGCUCCGGCGCUACUUCGUGGCCUACGACGGAGACCUGGUGCCGGAGUACGACGCCGCCUCGGCCACACACACGCUGGCCGAGCCCGGCGAGGACAGCAAGGCUCGUAAGGUCAGCCCCGGCUGGGUCUGGGAGUGCAUACGCAGGAGACGCAUCGUCCCCCCCUGCUGAUGGGGACAACGGUCCGACGCAGUAACCGCGCCUUUUAUACGUCACCAAAAUCCAUGUAGUAUACGAACCGCGCGUUGUAUUAAUAAACUGUAGGACAAUGAGUGCUGUGUGAGACGCCCUGUUUCAGGGGAAGGGAACGCUUGGUGCCAUGGAUGAACUAAAUCAUGUUGUCAUCCAUAUUUAUAUAUAUCAUUUUUUCUUCCUUCCCAAUUCAUUGAUAUGCAAAAAAAUGAAAGGACAUGGUACCAAAAUAUUGUACUGUUAUAUUUUGCCUCAGUUAUUGAACUCUGAGAUCGGGGUGUAUAAGUCUUGGAGGGUAUGGUGGUUAUCUCAACGGAUGAGGUAUUGACUAUCAACACAUUUAUUUUGUAGAAAAUAUUUUCAGAAAACAAACUGCAUCAAGGAAAGUAAUAAUUGACUUGUUCGAGCAGAUCAUAGAAUAUCUAUGAGUACGUUGGUCCAUCGAGGUAUCCCGAUUACUUUGAAAUGUUAGUUUUUUUUUUGUUUUGUCUUUUUACGUUUGAAACAAGAUGAAUUCGAUACAAAACAUUUUGGCUGGUAUUGGAUAUGCAUAAUAAGCCAAAAUGCCUUUAUAGGUAAUAAACAAUUACACUAACA